AUCUGUUGGCGCCGCGGCAGUCUGUGGUGAGCCUCCAAGAUGGACGCGUUACGGCCGUCGCUCGCCUGAUGAGGAGACCUUUCACCCGGACAUUUUGGGGCCGGACGUAACGGAGAGGCGGCUCGCGGUGAUGCCGGGAUGUGAGAUACUAACGAAGGGUGCCACCAUGCUGUCCCAGUGCUGCUGAGGGAGGGAGAGCAGGAGAGAGUGCGAGAGAGGCAGGAGACAUGGGAGGGCAGCAGGGCAAGGAGAGACACCUUACCUCGGGCACCAUCACUCGCUCCACCAAGGCCAAGUACCGCUCGGGCCGCGACAUCAGGACCGCGGGGGCCAACAUAUUCACGGAGCACAAUGAGGCCCUGCUGGCGGCGCGCCCCCUGCCAGACCUACCAGACGUUGUUAGUGGCGGAGGCAGCGGCUUAGACCCUAUGGGCGGCCCUGGACCUCCGGAAUUAGCACAACACAUCGGCGCCACCUUCACUACCCUCCAGCCCGCCACCGCCGCCACGCCAACAGUCUCCACGCAGCAGGAGUCCGCCGCAGCCGCCACAGCCGCCGCCGCCGCUGCUACCAAAUGGCACUCCCGGGAGAAUCUGCUGGCGCCGGAGGAGGAGGGCGACCCGCAGCUCUUUGUGGCACUGUACGAGUUCCGUGCCCAGGGAGAGAACCAGCUGUCUCUGCGGAAAGGCGAGCAGGUGCGAGUACUCAGCUACAACAAGUCGGGGGAGUGGUGCGAGGCUCAUGCAGGGUCGGGGGAGGUCGGAUGGGUGCCCUCCAACUACAUCACCCCCGUCACUCCCUGGAAAAAACACUCCUGGUACCAUGGCCCCAUCUCCCGCAACACGGCAGAGUACCUCCUCUCCUCAGGCAUUAAUGGCUCCUUCCUGGUGAGGGAGUCGGAGAGUUCGCCAGGCCAGCGCUCCAUCUCCCUGCGGUACAAUGGCCGAGUCUACCACUACCGCAUCAAUGAGGACGAUGGCUCUAAGCUGUAUGUGUCGUCGGAGUUCCGUUUCAACACUUUGGCUGAGCUGGUGCACCAUCACUCGCAGCAUGCCGAUGGUCUUAUCACACAGCUCCUCUACCCAGCGCCCAAGAGGAACAAACCUACUGUUUUCGGCCUGACCCCUGAGCCGGACGAAUGGGAGAUUGAGCGCACAGAUAUAGCCAUGAAGCACAAGCUGGGAGGAGGACAGUAUGGGGAUGUGUAUGAGGCUGUGUGGAAGAGGUACAACAUCUGUGUGGCUGUCAAGACUCUUAAGGAGGACACCAUGGCGCUGAAGGACUUUCUGGAGGAGGCGGCCAUCAUGAAGGCCAUGAAGCACCCCAACCUGGUGCAGCUGCUGGGCGUGUGCACCAGGGAGCCACCGUUCUACAUAGUGACGGAGUUCAUGACACGUGGCAACCUGCUGGACUACCUGCGGGUGUGCAGCCACGAGGAGGUGAACGAGGUGGUGCUGCUCUACAUGGCCACCCAGGUCGCCUCAGCCAUGGAGUACUUGGAGGAGAGGAAUUUCAUACACAGGGACCUGGCGGCGAGGAACUGCCUGGUGGGGGAGAACCAUUUAGUGAAGGUGGCGGACUUUGGGCUAGCGAGGCUCAUGAGGGACGACACCUACACUGCUCACGCUGGCGCUAAGUUCCCUAUUAAGUGGACGGCGCCGGAGGGUCUUGCCUAUAAUAAAUUCUCUACUAAGUCUGAUGUGUGGGCGUUUGGCAUCCUGCUGUGGGAGUUUGCCACCUAUGGAGUCUCACCAUACCCUGGAGUUGACCUGACCAAUGUGUACCACCUGCUGGAGUCUGGGUACAGGAUGGACUGCCCCCAGGGGUGUCCCGUGCGAGUGUAUGAGUUGAUGAAACAGUGUUGGCUGUGGAAUCCUGGAGACCGCCCAACCUUCUCACACAUCCACCAUGCUCUUGAGACAAUGUUCCAGGAGACUUCUAUUACUGAGGAGGUGGAGCAGCAGCUGGCGGCAGGAGGUGGCAGGAAGGUGAGGGGCACGCCGUCAGGGGCUCACCAGGCUUGGGGGGGAGAUGACCAGCUCCCUACCAGCCCUAGGACCUCCUCUUCCAGACAACGGACCAAGAACAAACACAACACAGUGGAGGAGGGCAGCAGUCCAAGCUUGCCCAGGGAUGUGCGUCCUGGCCCAGGCAUCCUGUCGGCGCGCUCCACCGUCGUCCAGCUGCGCCGCGCCACCAACAAGAAGGGCAAGCAGGCGCCUGCACCACCCAAGAGGACCAGUUCAUUCAGGGACAGCACCUGCACUGACCAAGAGCUUCCCGCAGGAGGUGCUGCUGAUGACCUUAAUGAAUUCAAUGGUAUAGACAAAAUCUUUGAAGGCAUCCAGAGGGACCUGGCAGACCUGGCCAGCAGCAAUGACGCAGAGAGCGAGAGUGAGCUGAGAGAGCGGACUCCUGACACAGAAGAUUCAGGAGCCCAGUCCUUGCCAGCCACCCAGGGGUUGCCUGCCACUCACUCCACCUUCAGGGUUGAGCCACCUCACCUCCAGUCUUUCAGACAAAAGCCAUCAUUGGGCAUGCGAGACCCCAAGGGUGAGCGUGUGCGCCGCAGCCGCCUGGAGAAGUGUGAGAGCCAGAGUGGCGGCCUGGGAGGCAGUGGCAGACACCUGACAGUGGCCGCCCUAGAGGUGCACAACGUGAAGCGUGCCAUCAACCGCUAUGGCACGCUGCCCAAGGGUGCCAGGAUAGGGGCCUACCUGGAGUCCCUGCGGCAGAGUGGCUUGUCCCAGGGAGUUCCGCCCCCUGCCGAGGACCCCACCCCUCAGGACCAAAGCCAGGCAGGAGAGGGAGAGGAGGCAGGGGAGGGAGAUGGGGAUGAGAAGGGUGGUGUAGCCAUGAUCAGAAGCAAUUCCACCCAGGGAGGCUUCCCACCUCAGUCUCCUAUCAUCACUCGCCUCAGCCCACGGCCCCAGAUGUCCCGCGGGGACCGCCGCGCCAAGGAACCUAGCCUGGCAGACCUUGAAUUCCCACCACCACCGCCUGACCUGCCACCACCCCCUGAGGAUUUCAUGGAAGAGUCAACGGGAGCAUCUCUAACUCCUGGUGGGGUGGAGCUGCCUCCUCCCCCGGGCUGCUCCCCAGAGGCGCGGCGACGACCAAUGCCCCGCCCAGCCCCUUCACCACGUACCCGGCGACGGGCAGAUGUGCCGGCUGCCAGCCCACAGCGUGCUGCUGUCCCCACAGAGGAUGAGGGGGUGGAGUCUCCACGAGUGGAGAGGCCCACGCUCAGUGUGACUCGGUGGCGGCUGAGAGAUGCAGAGCCUGACCGGCCGCCCCUGAAGGCCAAGCCCAGCCUGGAGGCAGCAGUGGAUGGGGAGGCUGGGGCCCCAGCUGAUGCCAGUCCUGCUGCAAGGUUUGGGGUAAGCUUGAGGCACAGGGACCAAUCUUCCGACUCUUGUGACAGUGUGCGCUCCACAGAGAACUUAUCACCCCGCCCUGCCCCGCCAGGCCCCAAGGGGCGGCCCCGACCUGGCCCACCACCUGCCAAGAGCCCUGGAUCAUCCUCAGCAGAUACAGAGGGCCAGCAGACACCCUCCUCCCCAGCAGGUGAGGAAGGCACUCCUGGUGGGGGCAGUCCUCCUUCAGUGGAUGCAGCUUCCUUGGUGUCCCGGGAUGGCAGCGUGGAGGAAGAAGAGCCUCGGCCUCAACCCUCUGGGCCACCGGCCAAGGAGGGGCUGGAGCUGAAACUCGUAGCUGAGCUGAGAGAAGAGGAGAGCCCCGCCCCACUCGGGGAGGCACCUUCUGGUCCUAGUCAGAAGGACCCGGCUGUUCAGCUGGUCUCUGAGCUCUUUGAAAGUUUGAGGCAGAAGGGCAGCAGGAUAGCAGAGCCCCCAGUGCCACCACCACUACACCUGGACAAUGGUGGGCCUGGCCCCGAUGAACCUGCCAACCAGCCAGAAGACAGUGACCGACCUGCCUUCAAGGCCAACCUGAAGAAGGUGAAGAGCCCCUUCGAGAAGAGUCCUGGUGAGCGGGAGCAGCGCAAGAUUUACUUCAAACCAACCUUGCGGCGCACUGAGGUCAGUGCUGCUGCCACUGCCAAGGAGGACAGCGGUGCCCCCGAGGCCCCAGACCCCCACAGUGCCCUCAUGGACAUGCGGGCAGGGCUGAGGAAGACCAACCUUGUGAGGGAGACUGAGGCCCCCACCCAGGAGGAGAGUGCAGCAGCAGCAGCAACUACUCAGAAGGAGCAACAGCAGCAGAAUGGCGUGGUGGUGGACACACGGACGGAGGACACUGGGGGCGAUGGGGAGGGAGGGAGGGAGGGGCGUGGUGACCCCAUGAGUGAGAGUGUAUCUAGUGUAUGUGGCAUUGGGGGUGCUGGUGGGGAGGGGCUGAAGGCAGUGUUAGGGGGGGAUGGCUUGCGGGCAGGGCCAGCAGGGGAGGAGGAAGAGGCAAAGAGAUUUAGUUCCAGCAGCAUCAGUAGCCUCAAGAAACUGUGGGAGAAGCAGGAGUUGGCUGCUGAUAAGCCGCCUCCUCGUCCAGACCCCAACCAGACCAGUCCCAAGUAUGCCCCGGGCAUCUACAAGCGACCAGAUAUUUCCCGUGUCCCGAAGGAUCCCAACCCAGAGGUCCUGGUGCCAGGCAAGACUCCAGAAGAUGAUGGAAAGGUGGGGCGGCUGGAGAAGAGACCGUGGCCCCCAGUGGGGGGUGGAGGGGGUGAAUCUGAGCCCCGGCCAGCUGAUGGAAAGCCCUGUGUGCCUGUCAAGCCUGUCGGCAAGACCUUCAAGUUGCCGCCGCCGCCCACCGGGGUGAAGCCACCACCUCCCAAGCCAGCAGGGAUCUACGCCACGCCAUCCAUCAUCCGGCCACCACCUGUGCCCGUCCUCUCCCUCAAGAAGGAGGGUGUGGAGGCCCGGCCAGCCAGCAAGGAACCUUCCAGCCCCACCACCACCUCAGCUGCCUCCACCACCACCACCACCACCACCAACACAGCUGCUGCCACUGUCACAACCACCACAACUGCUACUACCAACACUGCAAAUUCCACCACCUCUACUACAACUAGCACCAAUACCACCACCACAAGCAAUGCCACCUCUCCUCCGCCAACUGGCACUCCCUCGUCCUCGCCUCCCACCGAAAAAGCAGUACUCCAGGAGCAGGGACAGGCAGCAGAGGCGGCAGUGUGUGGCCUGCGGUGUCAGGGGUCGCCUGCCACUGUGGCCGCCUGCAUCCAGGUGGCACAACGGGUGUCUGCCUUUCACCGGGCAUGCACCAGCUGUGUGGAUGCCCUGCCGCCCCAGAGUCGCUUCCAUGUGCGGGAAUUGCUUGGCCGCCUGGAGCUGCAGGCAAGGCAGCUGCGCAGCGCUGGCGGCCGGGCCAUCGAGCACAAUGACAAGCUGUUCCUAGAGGUGGAGGCUGGCCUGAGGGACAUCAGUGCCGCUCUGCAGCGCUAGCGUGCUGGCGGGGCGGGGUGGGUUGGGGCUUGUCUGCUGGUGCUCUGUUACUUAAGGAUGGAUGGGACUCCAGACCAGUGGUGGAGGUGAUUCUCAAAUAAUUUUUUAAUGAAAAUGACUUGCAUUUAGGUGUGGAGGUACAACCUGGGGCAGCAAGGCUCCAGGGCACUGCCGCUGCCCUCUUUGGUGUACAUUUUUUUAAACGUUCAGCAUUUUACAAGUUUAACCCCACAUAACCUGACUGCUCACAAGGAUGCUGGAACCCAUCUCUCACCUCUUCCAGGAAGGUGUUUUGUACAUUGACUGGUGUGUGGAGGCAUGUGUGUACGUACAUUGCGUGUGUGUCGUGCAUCUUGUGUGUAAAUGUGCUAAUAAUGGUCACACAAUUCCACUGCACAGGUGUGGCUCAAGCUAACUCCGGGACCUAUGUAUAUUUUGUAAACAGCCAGGAGCAGUGGCGGCUUUUUCUGCAUGUGAGGGUAAACUAACCAUGACCUUGGGAGUGUCAGCCCGAGUGAAGGGGAGGCAUGAGGGGCAGGAAUGAUAGCGAGGACAAGCAAGGGCAAGCACCUCAUUCCUCGCGGAUCCCUCCCAUUCAGUCGCUUGCAGGAAGGUGAAGUGCGCUGCUGUUUUUUAUAUGAAUACUAGUCUUGUGAUGUAUUGCUGCUGUGAGUAUGUAUUUGGAGGCAGCACUGGUGUCAAUAGUCUUAUUUUCUUUCUUGUUUGUUUUAUUAUUUUUUUACAAGGGUGCUUAUUUCCUAUUGUCUCGGUUUGGUUCCUGGGGUGUGAGGAGAGUGGUACAGGGUGGUGUUAUGUCUUGCAGGCUUUUCUGCAUAGGGUCCAUUCUGCAUUUUUUCCAAACUGGUAAAUGGUCAGACUCUCCCGUUCAUGCCACUCUUCAAGUCUGUGUUAGGAGGUGGACUCUAGGUAACUUCUUAGUGGGCUGUUGGGACAUUCAGGAGAUAUUAUUCAUUCAGGAACUACUUUAUUCUGAUGUAAGAUGCUUUACGUAAAGCAGCAGCUGAUGGAAGAGAUCUUUGCAGUGUGUGAUCGGUCAUGAAUCAUCUUGUGUUUGUUAUGAGUGUGUUUUUUUUACUAGCAAUUGAUGACUUGCCAAGUAGUGUUAGGUGGUGAAAAGACAUUGCCGUGGUAGCAGUGGAUGACUGGUGUGUGUGUGUGUGUGUGUGUGUGUGUGUGUGUGUGUGUGUGUGUGUGUGUGUGUGUGUGUGUGUGUGUGUGUGUGUGUGUGUGUACUUCUAUUAAUCUCCAUACAAGGAAUACACUUCUCAGUUACCUGAUAGUGGAAACCUUCAGUCUGCUCAUUCAUUCAUUCUCCCUCUGACUCUCACACACACCCACACACCUACCUUUGCUCAUUUCACUCACUCAUUCAUGGCUGCUCAUGGGGUAUUGGAAACGUUAUGUAAUUUAUGAGUUAGUGUUUUCAGUGCAUACCAUAAUUUGCCGCAUGUGCACAGCCAGGAGGGCAUGUGUGUGUUUGUGUACAUAAUAGUGCGUUUACUGUUCUGGGCCUCCCUUCCCUUAUGCCUGAUGAGAUGGUGUCGGUAGCCUUUUAUAUUUAUCGUAUCGAAACAUUAAUGCGCGUCCACAGUUGACAUGACAGCCACGUACUUACUGCGUCGGCCAGCACGGCCACACCAUGCUGGCGACAGACACAGCCAGAUGCUUGUGUGACCUGUGAUACUCUUGUGUUCCCUGAGAUUUCCAUGAACGGCUUGGGUCAGCAUCACCAAGGUGGUGUCUGGACUCCUCCCUUGCUGCUGGCUGCAGCCUUGGCACCCCAGAGAAACGUGUUCUACCGCCUUCUUCCUUCACGCCGUGGGGCAGAGGCAUCCUCCAAGCGUUUGUUUAAAGUCAUGCCUUGAUUUUCCAAGGUUCAGCUGUCUUGUCUGUGUCAGUGAGUACCACUGUUGUCAUGUGGGAGGUGAUGGGCAAGAGUCUGGCAGUCUUUUCCCUUAAAAAAAUUUAACCUAAAAUUACUGUGUUAUUGACCUCACUAUGGACACAAAACUGACAAGGCAUUUUUGAUUGCAUAAAAUAAUGAUGUACUUUUCCAUUAAAGAUUACUGAAAUCACUGACGUGCUCAGUGAGUGACUGGAGCUUUCCAUAUUGGAAAGUGAAGCGUUUGUAAGGGAGAGUCCAUUAAUAACAGUCCUCCAGAUGUUGCAAGAAUUUGGACCUGCAAAUUUUUAGUGCCACUGAACAUUUAGGAUUUUUGGAGAUGGUUCCACUUAUUUUCAGUAAUUAUGUGUUCCUAUGACUUGAUGUAACUGUGAAGCCAUCAUCUUCCACACAGGUGAGGCUGUGCACUGGUGUGGCUCACCGCACUGCCACCAACUUUGAUCAUGACCCGUAACAUUUGCAUAUUGGCCGGUAGCCUUGCAUUAAUGUAUGAAGUAUUACUUUGUAUACCUGCUGCUGUCAAGUUCCUCUCAUGAUAAACAUGUAAGAUGUUUAAAAGUAAUGUAGGAUUUAUUGAAGUGAUAGUUGUGUACACUGAAAAAAUUUUUUGGUCUUUGGUGGCAUCAAGACAGCCUCACUUGUUCACCACGUGCAGAACAAAGCAAAGGGAGAAAAGGUUUUUCAUCCAGACGUAACAUUUUUGUACAUGUCGGUUUUUAAUGGAUCAUCGUGUAGUAGGAGGGUUGUAAAUAGGUUUUAUUUGUAACUGUAAAGUUUUUUAUCAAUACUCCUAAACAUAGCCCUGUAUAUAAUCACUUAUUUAUUUUUAAUCAAAUAUGGUGAAAUUUUUAUUCCAGUAAUUUUUUUCAGUGCAGCAUAGAUCCCUAGCCAUUCCCAUGAGACCAAAUUGUGGUAGGAGUCUUGUUUGUCCCGGGUGUGUCGUGGCCACAGUUUUGUUCCGAGUCCGGGGAGAAGCGGCCAGGCUUUUCCACCAUUUUUGCUAUGACAGACGACCAUCACUUUUGUACCAUAACACCACUCCCACAGCUCUUCAGUGAUGAUCUAGUGAGGUACUUUGUAAAGGACUUUUGUUCUCAUCCCGUAGUCAAAUAUAUAUAUAUUAUAUAUACACCUUUGUGUAGAGUAUAUGUUGCUGGGGUAUGAUCUUGUACAUAGCCAGGCAUGUGGUCAAGGGUCCAUUUUGAAAAAAAUGUUAUUGAAGUACUGAACCAGAGAAAAUCAAGCUGAGACAAAAUAUUGCCAAAAUAUGAUUCCUGUAACCUGUUAUUGUCUGUCUGUGCUUGAGGACGGUAACUACUGUUUUUAUAACUUAUUAUUUGCCAUUAUUCUGUGAUUAUUUUCAUCAUGCUUUCCUCCAAUCUUUGGUACCAACAAUGGUAUACUCACAUUUUUAUGAAACAUAUUUAAUUAUAAUCAAAUAAAUGAAACUAGAAAA